ACUGGGCUGGGAUUCUGAAGGAGCAGGUAGCGAUGCACUGAACUCCUUGUUAAUGUUUCUCUUUGGAAAUUUCAUCUUUGCUGUAAAAAUUGUUACAAAACAGAAGCUGUUUGGACCUAGUAAUUGAUAAUGAGUGUUGGUGAAACAUACAGUUACUUGCACUAGAAGAGGCUGAAAUAGGGACAAGUGAUAAGGCUGACUGGCCGGAUGUCCUUCACUUUAGUUCAUUCUGCCUUAUAAACUAUAGCAAUAAGCAUGGUAACUGUCAGAUACAGUGCUGUUAUCAAAUGCAAAGAUGAAGGGACUGCAUACUUACCGGAUUUAAAGAGAACUUGCACUUUAGAUAAUGUAGAGCAACAUCUAUGAUCCAGUGACCAAGGACUUGUAAACUGCAAUAAAUACCCAACAACCAGUGACAGCUACCUGGUACUUGCACAGUGAUGAAUUGAAAGACACCACUUUACUGCAGUCUUCAAGAUGAACUCUUCCUUGAAUGGGAGUAACAGUAAUCAUGUUUUUUGUCUCUUGGGAAUUGAUUAUUUAUAUACAGCCAAUUUUUGCAUUUUGGAAGUGGUUAUAAUUAUUUUUCUCACCAUCCUGAUAAUUUCAGGUAAUCUAAUUGUUAUUUUUGUGUUUCACUGUGCACCCUUAUUGAACCACCAUACAACAAGCUACUUUAUUCAGACUAUGGCAUAUGCUGACCUUUUCGUUGGGAUAACCUGUUUAAUUCCUUCACUGUCAUUACUACGGUAUACAGCAGCUUCCCAUGAGUCUAUGAUCUGCAGGAUUUUUGUGUAUAUUGUGUCUGUUCUGAAGAGCGUCUCCAUGACAUCUCUAGCUUGCAUUAGCGUUGACAGAUAUAUUGCUAUUACCAAGCCACUAUCGUAUAACACAUUGGUAACACCAUGGAGACUGAGAGUCUGCAUUAUAAUAAUUUGGGUUUAUUCCUGCUUGGUUUUUCUUCCAUCCUUCUUCGGUUGGGGUAAACCGGGGUAUCAUGGUGACAUAUUUAAGUGGUGUGCUGAUUCUUGGGGUACAAAUGCUGAUUUUACUUUGUUCAUUGUGGUUAUGCUUUAUGCCCCUGCAACGCUAAUAGUUUGUUUCACUUACUUCAACAUAUUUCGCAUCUGUCAACAACACACAAAAGAAAUGAAUGAGAGACGUGCACGGUUUAGCUCACAGGAUGGGGAGUCUACAGAAAGCCAGCCUUCUCCCGACAAGCGUUAUGCAAUGGUCCUUUUUAGAAUUACAAGCGUCUUUUACAUUCUUUGGUUACCGUAUAUAAUUUAUUUCUUGCUGGAGAGUUCUAAAGUGUACAAUAAUGCUUUUGCAUCAUUCCUCACUACCUGGCUUGCCAUUAGCAACAGCUUCUGUAACUGUGUUAUUUACAGCUUGUCCAACACUGUCUUUCAGAAGGGGCUGAAACGCCUUUCAGAGGCCAUUUGUUCUUCUUGUGCCCGACACAUUGAAAGUAAGAACCCUUCAGUCCCUGGAAGCAAAAGGCCUUCUAAUGGCUUUAAUGUGUGAGAAGCAUUUAAUUUAUUAUUGUGACAGCUAACAAAUAUAAUUACAGUUCAAUAAAGAUUUAACAUUUGGGAUGGAAAUAUACAGAUGGCAUGCACUGAAACUGUUCUAGUUUUGUAAAAGAGGACAUCUUCUUGAAAGAAUUGCCUUCAUUUUGUAAGCUGAGAAAGCAAUUUUGAGUCUGAAAAGGCUUACUACUAAGUGUGACUUACUGUUUAAAGCAUAUUUCUGGUUUAUUGUGGCAACACUCUUCUUUGUGCUUCUGCAAAUGGAUUUGCAGUUUUGGCUUCAUUCAGCAAAAAAUAUCAAUUUGGUACCCGAUUUCCAUACUGGAUACUAGAAGUUGCUAUCUAUCUGUCCUCACAGGAAUGUAUGAUGUUUUAUGCAAUAGAUUGUCAUGGUUUUGUCUGGCUUACUUCAGGCCUUCCUCCUUCAUCUACAUCACUUCAUCAUCUUCAAAACCUUAUUAUUUAUUUGGAGGAUUUCUUUGUUUAUAUCUAAUAAACUUUAUUUAUAAAUUGA